UCUCUCUUCUCUCUCUCUCUAACUUUACUUUACUCUCUUUAUCGGAAAGGAAAAGAAAAAAAACAAAAGGGAAAAAAAGAAAGCAGUUUUAGCAAACAACACUACAAUCAAUCAGACCAAAAAAAUAAAAAUAAAUAUAAAAAAGACGAGAUUACAGAUUAGAUCUGGCCUUUGCUUUCUCCCUUUCAGACGCGCAAAACACACACACACACACAGUCCUUCUUCACUAGCUGGAUUAUAUUAUCACUCAACUUAUCCAGAUCUCGCCAUGGAAAUGUAGAUUAUUUUCAGUUCAGGCAGGAAAUCGAAGAGUUAUAAAAGUUGCCCUUGUUUGAUCAAUUAUAAUAUUGGUGAUAAAAAACGUAGAGCAUCUUUUUUUCGGUGUGUCUUGUUCGACAAAUCGACUAGUCUAUGGGGUCGGAGCAGAAUCGGUUUCUGCAGCCACAACAAGCAUCAGCACCUCGGAGCAAGAGGUGGGGGGGCUGUUUGGGCGGGCUCUCGUGUUUCCGAAAACAAAAAGGCGGCGGAAAACGCAUAGUGCCAUCAUCAAGAAUCCCCGAAGGCAGCACCUUAUCAAACCAGCCAAACGGGGCCCAAUCCAUCAUUGGACUACCCAUCCCCACCACCGGAAUCGCCCCAUCCCUCUUCGCGCCGCCAUCUUCCCCCGCCUCCUUCUCCAACUCCGCCCUCCAAUCCACCGCCCAAUCUCCGACCUGCUUCCUCUCAGCUAACUCCCCAUGCGGCGGCCCCUCCUCCACCAUGUUCGUCACCGGACCCUACGCCCACGAAACCCAACUCGUAUCUCCGCCCGUUUUCUCCACCUUCACAACCGAACCCUCCACCGCCCCUCUAACACCGCCGCCUGAGCUAGCCCACCUAACCACCCCAUCCUCGCCCGACGUACCCUACGCCCGCUUCCUCUCCUCCUCCGCCAGCAUAAAAAGAAACACCGAGAAGGGAAAUUACGAUCUUAUCCAAUCCACCUAUUCGCUCUACCCCGGAAGCCCCGCCCUCCGAUCGCCAGCUGGCGGCGCGUCGACUCCUUCGCCAGCUGGCGACUCUAAGUCGCGUCAAGAUUCGAACUUUUUCUGCCCCGAGACUUUUGCGCAGUUUUAUCUUGACCAGUCUUCAUUCGCUCACUCGGGCGGUAGGUUGAGUAUUUCGAGGGAGACGGAUGCUUACGCAAACGGGCAUCAGAAUAAUAAUAAUAAUAAUAGGCAGAGCAAGAUUUCGAACAAACCACACGAUGCUGAGGAGCUUGAGGCUUAUAGGGCAUCUUUCGGUUUUAGUGCCGAUGAAAUAAUUACGACAGCUCACUAUGUCGAGAUAUCGGAUGUUGGAGAGGAGUAUAUUCUAACUGCUUCACCGAAAAAGGGUGUCGAAAAUUGGAAAAGGCCGGAAGAUUUUCCUAGUCCACAGCUCGGUAAAGGACUGCCUCAUAUUGAAGCGCGAAACUUAGCAAGUACGCAUGUUUUAAGUGAUGACGAGGACAUAUUCGCCAAGAUGGGGAAUCCUAGAAAUGGUCGUAAAUUUCAUUUCGGUUCGUCGAAUUCCGAUGCUGAGGUGGAGUACAGGAGAGGGCGAAGCAUUAGAGAAGAGCGUAGCUGGAGAGAGAGCUGAGUCGACUCGGCCCGAAAAAAGAAAAUGAAAGAUCUAUUUAUUAAGGACACAAAAACAGAUUGCUUGUAUGUAUUUGCAGCCUGUUCUUUUGGGUUUUUUUUGUAAUGUUCCUUUUGUGUGGGGCCCAAGUAUAAUAUAAUAUAUUUUGUGAUAUUACUUUAAUAUUUACUUUGAAGAAUUGUUGCUUCAUCAGUAUUUGUAGAACUUGAUGUGGAUCUCUUGAAGCAAAAAACUCUAGAACUGCUCUUUUGUAUGUAAAUUAUAUUUCUAAUAUAUUAAUUAUUAAAUGUUA